AUGGCGUGGAGCUCCGCGUCUGCCCAGCGGCCCCAGGCGAUUCGGCGGCAGAGCAGCCCCGUGGGGUGCCCAGGAACACGUCGGUUUCAGACUGAGGAGAAAAGCACGCCCGGAGUUCUGGGAUCUCACUGGAGGGAUGAAGUGGACGUGGGCGGCGGAGCUCGAGCUCAGGAUGUUGCCCUCUGUCUCCCAUGGUCAUGUCUGAAGAGUGCUGGCGACCUGCAGCCCUGGCGGCGGGAAGAACACUUGAAGGCCCAGGAGACGAGGGUGUGUAAGUGUAUGAAGCGGAGGCAGGACAGGGGAAGCCAGGAGCGAACAGCCCCCAGGGAGCUUCCUGAGGCAGGGAAGGUGAUUCCCAAGGCCGCUGCGGAGGAAGAGCCCUGCUCUUCCUCAGCUCUGCUGUCGCUGUCCUCCUCGUCCCUGCAGACCAUGGGCUCUGCCCCAGGGGAGGUCUAUUUGGUCUGCCAGGUGAUCCCCGAGGCCACCGUGGAGGAAGAUCCCUGCUCUUCCUCGGCCCUGUCUUCCGGGGCGCCCUCCUUCCUCCGCCAGGUGAUUCCCAAGACCGCAGUGGAAGAAGAUCCCUUCGGGAGGCCACUGGGGAGCAAGAUCCCUGCUCUUCCUCGUCCCUGCAGUCCAUGGCCUCCACCCCAGCUACCCCAGGUCAAGUGCGUGUGCAGUGGCUGCCGCCUGGAAAUCCUGGACAAAUACCUCCUCAAGGUGAAUGACAUGUACUGGCACAUGCAAUGCCUCUGCUGUAGCGUGUGCCAGACCUCCUUGGGAAAGCACGCCACCUGUUUCAUUAAAGAUAACACCAUUUUCUGCAAGAUUGAUUAUCUCAGGAAAUUUGGAACCUGCUGCUGUGGCUGUGGGAGGUACGUGUGCUCCAGCGAUUGGGUACAGAAGGCGCGGGGCUAUGUCUACCACUUGGCCUGCUUUGUUUGUUUCUCCUGCAAAAGACAGCUCAGUACUGGAGAUGAGUUUGCUUUGGUGGAAGAAAAAGUCCUUUGUAGAAUCCAUUAUGAUGGCUUGGAGGACAGUCUGAAGAGAGAAGCAGAAAAUG